AACUUACACUCAUAUCUUUUCUAUAUCCAUAAUGAACAGAUAGCCGAUUUGAUGAACAUGCAAAAUUGUAAUUUGCUAUGCUUACCGGAGAAUUAUCAAAUGAAAUACUACUUGUAUCAUGGCCUUUCAUGGCCCCAGUUGUCAUUUCUAGCUGAAGAUGAUAAAGGGUCUGUUGUUGGUUACGUCUUAGCUAAAAUGGAAGAAGAGUCGGAUGAAGCACCUCAUGGCCAUAUUACUUCGUUGGCGGUUCGAAGAUCACAUCGCCGAUUAGGAUUAGCUAGAACCUUGAUGGACUUGUCAUCCAAAGCAAUGGUAGAAUGUUUUAAUGCUAAAUAUGUAUCACUUCAUGUUCGCAAAAGCAAUCGAGCGGCUCUACAUCUCUACAAGAACGCUUUAAGCUUUGCUAUUUCCGAAAUUGAACCGAAAUAUUAUGCUGAUGGAGAAGAUGCAUAUGCUAUGAAGCGGGUUUUAACACAUUUA